UCCCCCAGGCUCCAAGCCAGCCCAAUCCUCUCCAUACACCCUCCUGCUCUCCUCCCCCAGGCACUCCACGAGAGCCCAGCCCAGUUCCUGUUCACCCAUCUAAGCCUGCCCAUCCAUAUGCUGGCAACCAUGCCCCUUUACAACCUGUGUGGUCUGUCCCUGCCCCUGCUUUGGUGAGCCCAGCUCAGCCCUUCCCUGUCCAGUCUAGAAAUCACAACCUACCCAUCCCCUUCUCAGUUUGUCCAGUGCCCUUCAAAACCAGCUUCACCCUUGCAGCUUCUCCUACGUGGCCAUUUCAGACCUGGCACAGUGCAGCCUUGUCUACGCUGGGCAAGCCUGUUAGUAAUUACUGUGCUUGUACAGCAAUGACAAUGUGGUAGGAACUCUCCCUCCAGCUAAGUCCAGCUAAGUCCCUGACAAAGAGGUAUAAGGUUUGAGGGCAGUUUAGAAGCUUAUGUGACUUAAAAACAGAGGGGAUGGAAUGAAACCAAAGCAAUGUCCACCCCGUCCCAUUCACCCACCAUUCCAUUCUUUGAACAACCCCAGAAGUUCUCACACCAACUUUCUGGCUUUGCAGUAGAGAGUUGGGUUCUUGCUCAUACAAUAUUAUGGCACUAACAUGUCCUUAAGUCGAUAAGGAAUCUGAUCCUGAAGAAGCCCCAAGCACUCCAUCCAGUGCUCAAAGCAUGGGAAACACCCCUAGCAUGCACAUUCCUCUGAUAUGAAAGCCACUUUCACAGCAAAUAAGAAUUUCAAAACCUAUUUGGGAAACUUCAGGGUUAAAAGUGUUUCACUUUAGAAAUGUUAAAAGGCUUGAGGAUUUUCUCAGCGUAGUUGGAACCUGGUUUUAAUGUAUUAUUUCUGUGACUAUGUAUGCCUCUCUUCUACAUCCUUGCCUUUCUUUUUCAUUAUGCUUUUUAUUUCACAUGGUUAGGUAUUGUGAAACCUCGUCUCACCUAUAGCAGAGAGCUAGAAAUGAAAACUACCCUUCAGGAACUGCUAAUCUAUAUAAUUUUCCUUACAGAUCUAUGUAUAUUGACAUUUGGCAUGGUGAACACAGACAUGUAUUACUUGAACAAAGUCAUGUCAAAUCUCUUUCUGGAUACCUCUGUGUCUGAGACAGAUAGAAUUUCAUUCAAGACGAUAGGUAGCAUGGUUGACUUCUGGAAGUUUGCAGAAGGCCCCCUUCUGGAUGGUCUGUACUGGGACACAUGGUACAACAACAAGACGUUGACCAGCCAUAAAAACAGCAGCCAUGUUUACUAUGAGAACUUACUUUUAGGAUUAGCUCAGAUUCGCCAGUUAAAAGUCCGCAACAACACCUGCUCCAUCUCCCUAUUUAAGUGUUACCAUGAGUACCGCUAUGGAGCUGAAGAUAGAUCUGAUUUUGGUCUGAAGAACGGGUCUGUAUGGAGCUAUUCCUCUGCCUCCUCAUUAGCUCCCUGGCACUGGGGAGCCAUUGGUCUUUACAGUGGUGGUGGAUUUAUGUUCACCUUGCCUAAAUCGAAAAGUGAGAGCAUAAGGAAGCUUGCGUUUCUCAGACGUAAUGGCUGGAUCACUAGAGGGACAAGAGUCAUAUUUAUCGACUUCUCGGUAUAUAAUGCUAACAUAAACCUCUUCUGUGUAGUCAGGUUGGUAGUGGAAUUCCCAGCUACUGGUGGUGCUCUUCCUUCCUCACAGUUUUACUCAGUAAAGCUUCUCAGAUAUGUCACUUACUACGAUUAUUUCCUGGCCUCUUGUGAAGUCAUCUUCUGCCUCUUUAUCUUUGCUUUCAUCAUCCAAGAAAUUAUGAAAGUUAGAAAACUGAAAACGGAAUAUUUUAAAAGCGCCUGGAACUGGCUGGAUAUGCUGCUGGUGUCACUGUCUAUCUUUGCCAUUGCCUUCAACAUGUACCGUACUGUAGAGGUGUCCAUGCUGAUGGAAAGCCUGCUGUCUAAUGCAUAUGCUUAUCCAGAUUUUUAUUUCCUUGCAUACUGGCAAACCCGUUACAACAACAUGAUUGCUAUCAAUGUCUUCUUCGCAUGGAUUAAGAUAUUUAAGUACAUAAGCUUUAACAAGACGAUGACUCAGUUGUCCUCCACGUUAUCCCGCUGUGCCAAAGACAUCAUCGGAUUUGCUAUCAUGUUUUUCAUCAUAUUCUUUGCAUAUGCACAGUUAGGCUACCUUGUUUUCGGGUCGCAAGUUGAUGAGUUUUCCACCUUUCAGAACUGCAUUUUUACACAGUUUCGCAUAGUGCUGGGUGAUUUUAACUUUGCGAGCAUAGAGCAAGCCAACCGAAUUCUCGGCCCCAUUUACUUCAUCACAUUCGUUUUCUUCGUGUUCUUUGUGUUGCUGAACAUGUUCUUGGCUAUUAUUAAUGACACAUACUCAGAAGUAAAAGCUGACUUUGCAGUGAUACCAAGUAAAGAAUUUGAGAUCAGCGACCUCAUUAGACAGAGUUACAAUAAGGCCCUUGUCAAACUCAAGCUGAAGAAAUCGAAGAUGGAGGAUUUGUACCCAGCAGGUGGAAGCUUGCAAAGCAUGAAAACCAAGGGAUACUCAGCCUCCAAAACAGAUGAAGCUUUGAAGCUUUCCAGAAGAUCUAGUGUGGAAGAGAAGGGUUAUCUAAAGUCACCGCAGCUACAGAAGUGGAAGGAAAAGCUUCACCAGAAGUAUCACUCUGCUGAGGAUAAGGAGUCAGCUGCAGCACCUCAGGACCAUGUCUCUCCUCAGGAAUUUCAGCAACUUUUCAGAUACGCGACGGAUUUGGAGACACGGCUAAAUGAGGUGAACGCAAAGCUGAGCCGAGUUCUAAGAAACAUGCCUGAGCGGAAAGGCUCGCCAGACCAGAAGCAGAGAUAGUAAGUUACAGCUGUGGGGAAGGAAAUUGCACAUUCCAAAGCUUUCUACGCAUGCCGGCAACCUGGCUCUUCACACAGUCACUGAAAGACGCAGUCAGUACGGAAGGUGGAAGGCAAUUCAGCUGGUGCCACACACUCACC